AUGAAGAUUAUUUCUCUCCAGGUCCUGUUUGUGCUGAGGGUCCUGUGCCUGGUGGCCCGGGCUGGAGGGCAACCUAAAGCACCUCUGAAGUGUUCAACUGAGUGUGGUGGGUUUACAUCUGGGAUAGCAGCAAAGCGGAUAAGGAGCUACCGCAGGACUGAGCCCCGCUGCCCCAAACAAGCUGUCAUAUUUAUUACCCUGAAGUCUGUGGAGAUUUGUGCAGAUCCAGAGGCAGAGUGGGUGAAGAAGAUUGUAGAGAAACUAGACCAAAAAAAGGCUGAAGCCUUUCCACUUUCACAUGGUGCCACCUCAGCAGCGGCUUCAGAAGAGCCUGGUGUUUUUCAGAAACAUGUUGGCCUUACAGUAACAGCUCCAUCUCAGGCCACUGCCCGCUCUGAAGUCACUCCAGAAGCAAAAAGAGAUUCCUUAAAAUCUCCUGCACCUUCAACAACUGCAACAGGCAUUAUCUCCAGCCAGCCCACCCCAUUCCACAAGACUGUUGUGCAUGGCUUUGACAAUGCUGUAGGAUCUAGAGAAGAACCUGUAGGAGACGCUGCAAAUGCUGUGUCUGAUGUUCGAGACGUGACUUCUCCUAGCUCCAAUUCAGACCCCGUGGUCAUUUCUAAAGGAUCAGACCACCCUGGACUUCCUAUAAAUGAAUCCUUGGACCCUACAAGUGCAAAAACCAAUGCACCAGACACUGAUUCUAGGGGUUUAGAUCCCCCCUCCAUCCUGAACAGUGUGGAAACUGCUUCAGUUCCUACUCUAAACUCCACAACUGCCACAGACAAAGGUCCUUCUGUCCAUACCAACAAAGUUUUCAGUUCCUCUGUAGGUGCUUUUGGUACCACAACAUUUGAUUAUUCAUCACCCGUAGGAAAGCAAGAGCCUUCAGUUAUGUUAAUUUUCACUAGUCAAGCAUUCUUAGGCCAAGCGAGAGUACAGAUGACUACAGAAAGACCGAAUAUUCUGCCUCUUCCCAGCUUCUUGUCAACAUCUCAAAUGCAUUUUGUCAUCCCAGUUUCUGUGGUGUGCAGUCUGAUGGUUUGCACUGUUGCUGCUGUAUGGCUAUAUCUAAAAUUUGGAGUCAAAACAGAAGAAAUGUCAAGAGAAAUGGUGCAGGGCUUGCUUUACCAGCAGGAGAGACAUCAAAAUAAUAUCUAUCCAAUGGAAGUAAUCUGA